CAUUCUUUACCUUUUGGUUCAACAAUUACAUGAUAUCUUUGAUUUGCUUCUUGGAUAGAUUCUGCUUGCCUUUUCUAUAAGAAAAAUAAUGUUUUGAAGGUCUGUGAGGGAAGCAACAAGCUUGCUGUGGCCUCUUUCCAUGCGCCUUUUGCUCAGAACAUGGCACCACCUUGGUUCUCAGUACCUGCCAAAAGCCAGCGUGAAGGUGAGCACACAUGGCUAAAGGAAGGAAAAGAAGAGAGAAAAAGACUAGAGAAACAAUGGUAGGGCAGUAGAACAAAGGCAACAUGGUAGGGCUGGGACACAUUCGUUCAGUGGCACUCAUCUUUAGGCCUGAUGGGUUGGGUUAAAGGAAGAGGUGCGUGCCCACAUAGUCAAGGUGCUUCUGGUUGCCUCAUCAGCCCACUUUUCAUGAACUUCUUCUUUGGAUGCUGAAGUUUGAUAUGAACAAUAAAGUAGAUCAAAUUCUGAAAUGACUCUUAAUGUAAGAGUAGUUGUUGGUGCCAAUUCUGAUGUCUUGGGUUUGAAUGGAAGGACCACUGAGUUGAAGCUUGGCAUUGAUGUUCAACUAAGUUUGGAGAAUAUUCUCCAUGAUGAUGCUGCUGCAUUUAGCUGCAUGCUCUGACAUCCCUCGUAAGAUAGUUCUUGAAAGGCAAAAACCCCCUCCUGCUGCUAGCUAGCUGUAAUACGCUUAAAGCUUUCCUAAAGACCACCAUUGGUAGGGUAAUGACCACUGCAGCCUGCAGCAUCUGAUUCAAAGGAUACAACAACACCAUGCAAGCAACACAGCCAAAAUUCAAUUCUAAGUCCUCACGAUUCACUGUCCAUCUUCAGAGUUGUUUCUUUGCGAGGAAGGAAAAAAAGGAAAUGAAUUUAAUGAGUGUGGAUGUUGCAGGUUUGGUGUGACUCAUCAGAGGGGGUAGAGGGGUAGAAGUAAACGUAAUUUGCCUCACGAGUUACUCGGCGGUGGUCAGGAGGGGUCCCCACUGGCGGCGCGGUUGAAUUCACGGUGGCCACGGGAGGCUGGCGUCCCCUUGCGUCCGUCGCCGGCCACGCGUCUCCCGCCGGUGCAUGCACCUGGUGAUUCCUCUCUCCCGCUGCUUCCUCAAAUUGUGUUCUCUUUUUCCCUCCUUCGAAUAUGGGAAAUAUAAUAAUUGCCCUUUUUCUUUUUUGCCCCUGCCUUUUUCUGUAUUCUUUGGCUUGGCUCGACGAGACCAAACCCCUAAAUAAACCCCAUCCCUUCCCCCACCCAACCACCCACCCAUCGCAAUUGCAUGCGCCUCCUCAUGUCUGUUGAAGCUCAUCACCUGCGCCUCUUCCCUUCCCAACUCAUCGCGAACGGUGAGGCUGUCGGCGGCGUUCAUCAGGAUCAAUCUGCCAUCUACAACAUGCAGCUGGGGUUUGCUGCGCCGACGGCUGGACCUUUGGCUGCCGCCUCGACCUCCGAGAGCAGCCUCACCUUCAACAACCUCCCCGCGGGUUCCAGGAAGCGGCCGCGGGAGUUCUCCGAGCACGCGCUCUCCUUUCUCGGCGAGGAUUUCUCCGCCCUCGUCCAGCAGCAGAUGCUCCACGUCGACUGCCUCGUCCUCCACCACGUGGAGAAGGUGAGGAUGGAGUCCGUGGAGCGGCUGAAGCGAUUCCUGCGGCGGGUCCUGGCGACGGUGGAGGAAGGAGUGUCGAAGCGGCUGAGGGCGAAGGAGGAAGAAAUGGAGAGGCUGAAGAAUCUGAACUGGGCGCUGGAGGAGCGCAUCCGAGGUCUCUGCGUGGAGAACCAGAUGUGGCGGGAGCUGGCCCGGAGCAACGAGGCCGCGACCCACGCGCUGCGGGCCAACCUGGAUCGGGCGCUGGCCGCCGCCGCGGAGGCGGAGGCCAAGGCCGAGGCGGCCGUCGACGACGCCGAGUCCUGUUGCUGCGGCGGAGUGGACAAUGCGGAGGCGGAGAGGAAGAGGGUCGCGUGCCGUCUGUGCGGCGAGAAGCAGCCGGCCGUGCUGCUGCUACCCUGCCGGCAUCUCUGCGUCUGCGCCGCCUGCGGACCGGCCGUCGCCGUCUGCCCCGUCUGCGACUGCGACAAAAGCGGCAGCAUCCUCAUCAACAUGUCGUAAUCGACUCGUCCUCCAUGAAUGCAAGAAAAAAGCAAUAAAACUGAGAUACAAUUUAGCAGAUUGAA